GACCCGUCAUGGAAUAAGCAAUACAGAGAAUGAAUGAAUAAAGUAAAUCACAGUCUAUGAUCUGGGGUUGCUGCAGUUGGUCAGGUCUAUGUUCAGGUUUAGGUUCAGCAACAUUAUGUGUCCAGAGAAUGAAGCCAGCUGAUACAUGAAUAUAUUCUGAAUGAGCAGGUUAUUCCAUCUUCCCUGAUGACAGCCAUAUUCCAACAUGACAACUUAACAUGACAAUCUUUGGUAUAUGCUGGAGAAUGAUUUGUGCAGUCGUCAGACUCUCCCAUCAUCAAUACAAGAGCUUGGUGAAAAAAAAUGAAUGCAACUCUGGAUGGAAAUAAAUGACGUGACAUUGCAGAAGCUUCUAGAAACAAUGACACAGAGAAGCUGCUAGAAUCAAAGCUAAAGGAGGUCCAACCAAAUAUUAGAGUGUGGCCUUUUAAUUUUUUGUGGUGACUUGUUUUUGGCCAGGCAGAGUAAUAUACUGGGGCAAUGGCAAUUAAAUUUAUGGUUAUAUUUCUUUUCAUAUACUGGAUGUGGGACUUUUAUCUUUUGUUAAUUUUGCUAUGACUUUGGUAAUAAGUUUACAUGUUUUAUCUGUGCAUGAUUUUCAGUCUCUGUGUGAUGUAAACUUACACGUAUAUUGGUGUAAAGAUCUAAAUAAAAUCCAUAUUCCCAAAAUAAUGUGCGGAAAUGUGAAUAAGGCCCAAUCCCAUUUCUCUUUGUUACCCCUUGCCACUUGCCCCUUAAAAGCGGUAGGGCUGAAAGUCAACCCCUAUGAAUUGGGACACCCCUUCAACAAUCACAUGCUUCAUCAGUAGUCACUAAAGAACAUUUUACACUGGAACUGGAAGAAAUUUUAAAUAAAUCAAUCACAAUAAAUAUAUUAAAAAAUAUUAAACAUGGGGCUCAGACAGGGAGAACCAGCAAAACUGCCAGUUGUAUUAUAAAAAACUAGGAAAAAAAUACUGCGCAUCGUUGCUGUUUGUGAAGCUGAAAUAUCUCCCCUCAUCACCACUGCGUGUCAGACUGAUCUAUGAGCAGUGAGUGAACCGCUGCUGCGACGCGACGCUGCGUCUUUUUCACGUAUACGCCGGUGUUCCGUCAGUUUAGCAUACGCUUCAGAGUAGCACGCGUUACGUUAAUGCGCAUGCGGGUUAAGGUUAGGGUUAGGGGUUAGGUGCAGUCGUCAGUUCGCACAAUGCGUAUGCUGAUCUGACAAUGUAUGCUAAACAGACAGAACACCGGCAUUGCUUUUGAUGUGUAUUCCAGCAAUUGAAAUCGGAGGUUUAGCGUGAGAGCGUAAGAAGCCCCUCAAAUGCGUGAGUCUCACGGCCGAUGCGUGAUAGUUGGCACUGGCAGCCCUGUAAAACAAAUGCAUAUAUUGCUCUCUCCGCUCCGUCAGAUAGGGGGAGGUACGUGGUUCUUGUAACAACCAUGUAACAAUCAUGAAAUAUUACUCUUUUAACUCUUGUAAUUUCACUAUUAAAUACUUUCCAACUGUGUAUGAUAUACUUUUUAAGCAUUUUUAACCUGAAUUUUUAACCUGUAUUUUUAACCUGUCACACAUACUGACCCCCACAGGUUAAGUCCUUCACUACGGGCUCCUGCUGCAACAUGCUGCUGUCAAAUAUGACAUGAGAGAGAUCACUCAGCAAGAAAAGACAGCGUUCAGUUGAGAUACUUCAUAGUGAAACCUGUUGUCAUACACAGCCUAUGGUAAAAGAGAACGUUCUGAUGCUGUUUGGAGCAGAAUGCAUCCAGUGUGUUGGGCCUUUGCAGCUGCUCUGGUGGUUGGUUCGUCUGGGUUUUGUUGUGCUGGACCUCUCCAUGCGCAAUGCAAAGUAGAAUGGUACUUUGGGAUACCCUGUCGAGCGGUUUAUGAAUCCCUGGUUUCACAAAUUAAGAAAUGGAGAACCAUGUCUGGCUGCACAAUGGGAGGACAGAGGUGCCUGUACAAGCUGCAGUCCGCCUCGGUCCACUUCAUAGCUGCCAAGCACAGAACUCCUUUUAAAAGAUACGUGGACGACAUCAACUUCCGUCUGGUCCCCUACCACUUCUUCACUUCCUGUCAUGUUUCAGCCAUGUCCAUCUCUGAGAACUGGUAUGCCAUUAAAGACCAUGGUACCAACUACUGCAACCUUUACAACCUCAUGGAAGGAAGUCGUCUGACUGAAUCCAGAGGAUAUAAAGAGGUCACCAGUGACUUCCUGUGUACCCAGCGCUCUUCUGCUAACUGUACUGUGUACUAACUGAAUAUCUGCAAAGAUGUCAUACCAGGAAUAAUCCCUGGACUGGAAUAGAUGUUUCUGAAUGUGGCCAGAUUUGGCCAAGAUGUAAACUGAAAAAAAUAUUUUUCUUCUCUUUCUUUUUUUUUUUCUUUUGUUUUGUUUAUAUGUAUAUAUGAUUUGGUUUAUUUCAGUAAUCCCAUUCAAAAUGUGAAACUUGUAUAAUGUAGACAUUCAUUCCUCACAGACUGACAGAUUUCAAAUGUUUAUGUCUUUUCAUGUUCAUACUUUUCAGUUGGCAAACAUUUCUAGAACACUUCUAGAAACAGCCAGCCCCUUUAGCAAUGACCUUUUGUGUCUUGACCUCCUUGUGCAAAGUGUCCAUGGUCGUCCUUUGGACAACUGUCAGGUCAGCAGUCUUCCCGAUGAUUGUGUAGCCAACAGAAGUUAAAGGGCUUUCCAGGUGUUUUGAGUUAAUUAACUGAUUAGAGUGUGGCACCAGGUGUCUUCAAUAUUGAACCUUCCCACAAUAUUCUAAUUUCCUGGGAUACUGAAUUUGGUGUUUUUAUUAGUUGUCAGUUAUAAUCAUCAAAAUUAAAAGAAAUAAACAUUUUAAAUAUGUCGGUCUCUGAGUAAUGAAUGUCUCACUUUUUGAAUGGAAUUACUGAAAUAAAUCAACUUUUUUAUGAUAUUCUAAUUUCAUGACAAGUAUGUAUAUAGCUUUAUAUAUACUAUAACUAUAACUUCAUUAUAACUAACAAGUUAAUCUGUAGCAGCAGUUUUUUUUUUAUAUUCAAGUUUUUUUUGUUUUUUUUACAUAUAUUUCACAUAAAAAUUAAAUGUCUUUGUUGUUCAAACAAUGUAUGGCUGCAGGUUUAGUUUGUUUCUACAGAAUAAAUU